CUGCCUGUAUCGGACUUCAUGGACGCGCUGCAGGUAGACCACAGGUGUGUUGUCCCGCUGCAGUUUGAAGGAGACUCACGCGGACCACACAACCGUGAGCUCUGAAGAAAAGUGAAUGAAGGCUUCACGGUAGAAGACAGAGUGAAUUUAAAAAAAAACUUCUAGAGGAGAAUAUGUUCCCAAUUUAACUGUUUUUUCCCGACUGUGCCUGUUGGAUGGAUUGAUUGAUAUUCGCAUCAAUUUGGAUUCCUGUGUAGGGGCUGCGGGUUUUUGUGCACCAUGGAUUUAAGCAUUACCAGAAGAACAGGAGUUUUACUCUUUAUCUUCACGUUUUCAAGUCUUCUGUAUGGCUCCAGAGGAGAAAUCCCACAAAAACCAACUGGCGGUGUCACGAUUCUGCCCCCGAUUAAGCCCGAUAAUGGCCCCCAGGCCUUUCCAGACGCGGAAAAGGCAAGUUUACCAGUGUUUACAAUGGACUACCAAAGAAUACAGAUACCAUUUGAGAUCACUCUCUGGGUGCUGCUGGCGUCAUUCGCAAAGAUUGGUUUCCAUGUGUACCACAAGAUCACCAUCUGGGUGCCAGAGUCGUGCCUUCUGAUCUCCAUUGGUCUGAUCGUGGGGGGCAUCAUGCACUCAGUCCACGAGGAGCCCCCUGCUGUGCUCACCAGCACUGCCUUCUUCCUCUACAUGCUGCCCCCGAUCGUCCUCGACUCGGGCUACUUCAUGCCCACCAGGCCUUUCUUUGAGAACAUCGGCACGGUGUUGUGGUUCGCUGUGGUGGGGACUUUGUGGAACAGCAUCGGCAUUGGCAUGUCUCUGUUUGCCAUCUGCCAGAUUGAGGCCUUUGGUGUGCAGGACAUCAACCUCCAGGAGAACCUGCUGUUUGCCACCAUCAUCUCGGCCGUGGACCCCGUGGCCGUGCUGAGCGUGUUUGAAGACGUGUCUGUGAACGAGCAGCUGUACAUCGUGGUGUUCGGGGAAUGCCUCUUCAAUGAUGCUGUCACUGUGGUGUUGUACAACAUGUUCAACUUCGUGGCGGAUAUGCCGGUGGUGGAGCCAGUGGAUGUUUUCCUUGGGGUGGCGCGGUUCUUCGUGGUCGGGUUUGGCGGGAUGGGCUUCGGCAUCCUGUUUGGCUUCGUGGCCGCCUUCACUACGAGAUUCACCUCCAGGGUCCGAGAAAUCGAGCCCCUCUUCAUAUUCAUGUACAGCUACCUGGCCUACCUGGUGGCCGAGCUCUUCGCCAUCUCAUCCAUCAUGGCCAUUGUGACCUGUGCGCUCACCAUGAAGUACUACGUGGAGGAAAACGUUUCCCAGCGUUCCUGCACAACCAUCCGCCACGUGAUCAAGAUGCUUGGCUCCAUCUCCGAGACCCUCAUCUUCUUCUUCCUGGGGGUCGUCACCAUUACAACAGAACACGAGUGGAACUGGGGCUACAUCCUGUUCACGCUGCUGUUUGCUUUUGUAUGGAGAGGUCUCGGUAUCCUGGUGCUGACUCAGAUCAUUAACCCUUUCCGCACAAUCCCAUUCAACUUGCAAGACCAAUUUGGUCUGGCCUACGGUGGUCUGCGAGGUGCAAUCUCAUUCGCCUUGGUCUUCACUCUUCCUGAUAACAUUGGCCGCAAGCCGCUCUUCGUCACCGCCACCAUCGCUAUAAUCCUCUUCACUGUCUUUCUUCAGGGCAUCAGCAUUCGACCUUUGAUCGAGUUCAUUAACGUCCGCAGAACCAUCCGCAAUCUUGACACUAUCAACGCAGAGAUUCACUCCAGGCUCAUGGAACACACGAUCGCCGGUAUAGAGGACCUCUGUGGACAGUGGAGCCACUUCUACUGGAAGGACAAGUUUAUGAAGUUCAACAAUCGAAUCCUGCGCAGGAUCCUGAUCCGAGACAACCGGGCCGAGUCCAGCAUUGUGGCGCUGUACAAGAAGCUGGAGCUGCAGAACGCCAUGGAGAUCCUGGACACCGUGUCCGGAGACAUCAGCGCUGCGCCGUCCGUCGUCUCUCUCUAUGAAGAAAAGAAAACCUCUGCCAAACCCAAGAAGAAGUUCCUGGCUCCUGACCUGAAGAACAUGCACGACAUCCUGUCCAAGAACAUGUACAAGAUCAGGCAACGGACGGUGGCGUACACAAAUAAGCACUCCCUGCCCAACGACAGCCACGCCAGAGAGAUUUUGAUAAGACGCCACGCCAGCAUCCGCCGCAGUAUCCGACCUGGCAGCUUUCAGUCAACGAUGGUGCCAAAAUCCCAGAAAUACUUCUCUCUUCCUGCUGGGAAAAGUCUAGACUCAAAAUUCCCCCCUGGGAGGCAGAGCUUCGCAGAUGAUCAGGAAACCAUGUCAGAGGUGGCCUACCCUUCCAGACGCUCUCGGUUUGGCCAGCCCGCACGCUCCUCCUCCUCCAGAGCCAUGAUGCCUCUACGCAGGCUGGACACCCUGACGGAGGCGUCCUCUGUCGACAUGCUGGAUGAAAGUAAACGGGAGGACAGAGGCCCGUCGAGGCGUGCCACAUCUAGAACGAACUCCUCCAGUAAUUCCCAUAUCCCCGCUCCUCACCGUCACCUCCCCUCUCCUGUAGACUAUGACAGCGGCUCAGCGGAUAACUUUAGAAACGGGCAUCAUGAAGGUGAAGAAGAGCAGCAGCUGCCUUCGUCUCCGCCUCCAUCCUGGGCUGCUGAACCCGGAGACAGCGCAGCACAAAACCCUCUGCUCAGGCGGCCUCAGUGGAACCCGAAGAAGUAAAAAGCUCAAGAGCAGCUGGACUGCCACAAACUGAGUCUCAGGUUCUCACGCAGCGCCAGCGUCUCGACAUACGACUUUGUAUAAAAGUAAAUGAACACUGGAGGUCCGUUAAUUUCUCAUUCGAAGUGAACCACCCUUCAAACGGACAGUAAUGCCUUUAAACCACAUCAGCGGCGCGGUGUAGUGAAGGAGCUGUACGUGAACCGACAGCGAGUCGUUUAAUCCGUUAUUUCACACGUAGGAAGACGAUGUCAUUUAAACUAUUCUAUGUUGAGUAAUUAUGUCUUUUAGAAUGUAAAUAUGAUACUUAUUUUGUACUUUGUUGCCUUUUGUGUGUGACGAUUCAAGUUUUUUAUAUGUAUAUAUGUCAUUUUAGUUUAACAUGAGGAUCUAUUGCUGUGCAGUACAAAGCACUCGUGGGACUUGCUGGAGGCCUUUUUUUAAACGUCUGUUACACUGAUGGACCCCGCACAUCUGGGACAACUGUUUCCUUUUAUUGUAAUAAAAUGUUUGUUGUUGAAAAGUUGUUGGAGAAUUUUCAAUCAAACCCAUGAACACAACGUGUGGCGGUACGGAUCCCCGGAUUACAGCUGAUCAGGAAGAAGACGGAACCAAACAAUAUUACAAAUCUCAUGUCACAAGCUUCCUUAACAAUAUUGAAAAGAAAUGAAAUGUGUAUUAAAGAGGUUUCAAUAAAGAAAGAAACUAAAGCCUGCAGGUUAUUAGCCAAGCAUGA